UAAACGGAGCAACAUAACAGAUACGCGUGUAUUUGGCGUGUUAGUCUUUAAAGGUUUUUUAAAGGUUUUUUUUCUGCUUGGAAAAAAGUUCUAGGAAGGAAAAUAUUCGCGAUGGAGGAGCAACAUCGAUCAGCGCCUUCAAACUGGAUCACACAACAUCCUGUGUACCAAGACUUGCUGAACCUGGGUGUAGACGACAGUGUGCAGGUUUAUGGAGCGUUCCUGGUGUAUCUGGACCUGACAGAAGUUCGGCGCUGGACAGCCGUGGUCCCGGUGCCGUGUCCUGAACUGCAGGCUGUUCUGCUGGAAGGACGUGAAAGAGAAGGCGAGGAGCUUCAGGUGGUUUAUCCACUUCCUGCUCACAGAAGCGUCAGUCACGGAGAUUUGAGGUGCAUUGUGGGUCGUGGAAGUCCUAUGCUCCUGUGCGCCGUGGCGUCCGAUUCCACGCUGGUGUAUCAGCGCCUGAGUGACGGCCUCGUGACCCCCGAACCCCCUGUGGACAUCAAAGACCUGGGACGGAGACCGCAUCGGAAACGCAGACUCCAGACGUGACGCAGGAAAAAGCUGGAGGGUUUCAUACCCAGUACAGCUGCUGCUGUUCCAGAGGGUCUGUAGGUUUGCUGUUUAAUGUCUUUAUUUCAAAAAACCCCAGAAAUUUAUUUGUGCUAGAAAGUUGUAAUAAAAUGUGAUUGUGCUGUAAUGUGAUUCUUCACAACGCAAAAAGGUUCAGAUUCCAAAAACGUUUUUCUUUUUCUUUUUUUAAGUUUUUAAUUUUAAGGACGAUGUUUUUUUUCUGAGCUCGAUUCGAGAGAUGAAGCUGUUUGUGGCCUGUUUUGAGCCAAUAGAGGUGAAAAAAUGAAAGAAUGUAAACAUUAUGAAAAAAAAUACAAAUUUAUCAAUUUUUUAUAUGACAUUUGUGAAUAAUUGUUAUAUCAAUAAUUAAUUUGCAGUUAGUAGUUAACUAACAACAUUUAAACUAACUGUUUUAAUGUUGAUACGAUUUUUUUUUUAUGUAACAAUGUAAGGUUUUGGUCUGUAUAUAUUUUUUUAAAUGUAAUUAAUUAUGAAUUGU